UCUAGAUUAGAUCUACUGAUCUAGAUCUAGACUAGAUCUAGGCCUUAACCAGGAUUAAUAAUUUAUAAACAACUUUUUAAAAAAUCUAUUUUUAUUUAACACGUGCUUGAUGUUAAUUGUAACAUAGAUCUAAAUGAAAUCAGAUUCACUCCCAGAAAUUAAUUUGGAAUCGUCAAGUACAGCUGGGCAAAAUGUUGCAAACCCUUCUUAUUCAGAGUCCGUUUCAAGUCAUACAGUUCUAGAAAGUUUAUCAGAACACAAUGUUUUUAAAAAGCUUGAAAUUUGUUUCAAGACAAUUGCAAACACUAAUGUUUUACCAAUUCAAUCAAUUGUUUGCACUUUGUGUAAUCAAAUUUUUGACAAGAUGUUUAUUUUAAAGAUUCAUCUGAGUCAGCAUAUUGAAGAGAAUCCGUUCAUGACAGUUUCUAAAAAGAUCAGAUUGAGGCAGCAAAAAUGGUUGAAAACAAAAGAAAAAAUGUACAACUGUGAAGUAUGCAGUAAAUCUUUUACUUGUAUUUACCAUUUAAAACAGCAUAUCUGUGUGCUUACAAAAAAGAAGCCAUUUACUUGUGAAGUAUGUAAUAAAUCUUUUAUUCACCUUUGCAAAUUGAAAGAACAUCUUAUGGUGCAUACUGAUGAGAAGCCAUUUACAUGUAAAGUUUGUGGUAAUUCGUUUACACGAAAGAGCAAUCUAAAAGCUCAUUUUCAAGUGCAUAUAAAAGUAAAGCCUUUAACUAGGUUAACUUGUAAGAUAUGUAGUAAGUCAUUUACUCGAAAGAGCAAUUUAAAAAGGCAUCAAAAUAUGCAUACAAAUGUGAAGCCUUUCGCUUGUCAAGUGUGUAGUAGACUGUUCACUCGCAAGUGCAGUUUGAAAAGGCAUCAACGUGUGCACACAUAUGAGCGUUUCCCUUGUAACGUGUGUAGUAAAUCUUUUACACGAAACAGUUUUUUGAAACAGCAUCUUCGUGUGCAUACUGAGCGCAACCCAUACUUUUGUAAUAUGUGUGAUAAAUCAUUGCUUCACAUGGACUCUAUGAAAGCACAUAUCCGUUUCCAUACAAGUGGGAAAUAUUUCAUUUGUUAUUUGUGUAAUAGAUCAUUUUAUGUCAAAAGUUUAUUGAAAAUGCAUCUUCGUGUUCAUACAGAAGAGAAGCCAUUUUAUUGUACAGUUUGUAAUAAAUCAUCAUUGUAUUAUAGUAGUAUAAGAAGUCAUGUUACUUUGCAUACAAUAGAGAGACCAUAUUCUGGUAAAGUGAGUAGCAAUUUGUCACAAAGGAAUAGUAGGAAACUUCUACUUCUACAUAGAAAGUAUACUUGUGAUCACUGUGGUAAAAAAUUCACUCAGUUACGAUUUGUAAAGCGGCAUGUUUUUCUUCAUUUAAAAGAUAAACAUUAGCUGGCUGUCAUGUAGUCAACUUGACCUAGCAAGAAUGUACCUCGACAUAAAUAUCUCAAACACAAUAGCUUCGUUAUAUCAUACAUCAUUCUGUCAGUAGAUUUUGCACAUUCCCCCACUCCCCAAUUUUAACAUUGUUACAAAUAUCCAGACACCCCCCCCCCCCCUAUUCCAUGUUAUACAUAAGUGUAAAAAAUUAUAGACGUUGAAAAACACUGAAUUUUGAAUUUGUCAUGUUAUGAUUGCUUUGUAAAAGUAAAUUAUUGUUUCUAUAAUUAAAUUUGU